AUGGAAGAAGAGGGUCACAUGAAGGGUGAAGAGGCAUUCAGGAGGACAAGGGUGCCACCAUGGAUAAAACAGAUCACACUGAGAGCAGUAAUCACAAGCUUUGUCCUCAGUCUCGUUUUCAACUUCAUUGUGUGCAAACUCAACUUCACCACAGGGAUCAUUCCAUCCCUCAAUGUAGCUGCAGGGUUGCUGGGAUUUGCAGUGAUUAAGGCCUACACUACACUCCUCAACAAUUGUGGCCUUCUCAGAGAACCUUUCACUCGUCAAGAGAACACUGUCAUUCAAACCUUCGUUGUUUCAUCAUCUGGAAUUGCAUUCAGCAGUGGCAUGGGGAGUUAUCUACUUGGGAUGAGCCCAUACAUUGCUGCUCAAGUUGAUGGGGGGAACACACCGAUCAAUAGAAAGAGCCUCUCUCUCGGUUGGAUGUUUGGUUUUCUCUUUGUUGUUAGCUUUGUGGGUCUCUUCUCUAUAGUGCCUCUAAGAAAGAUGAUGAUUUUGAAGUACAAACUAACAUACCCGAGUGGAACAGCCACAGCUCUUCUUGUCAAUAGCUUACACACACCAAAAGGAGCAAAGCUAGCAAAGAAACAGGUUGCUUUGCUCUUCAAAAGCUUUUGUGGCAGUUUUGCUUUUGCUUUUUUCCAGUGGUUUUUCACUGGAGGAGAAGAUUGUGGGAUCAGCACGUUUCCCACAUUUGGUCUCCAAGCUUACAGCAAAAAGUUCUACUUUGAUUUCUCAUCUACCUAUGUUGGAGUUGGAAUGAUUUGCCCUUACUUGAUAAACGUAUCUUUGCUUCUUGGAGCUAUAAUCUCAUGGGGAAUCCUUUGGCCUUGGAUUGAGCACAAGAAAGGAAUCUGGUAUAGUGCAGAAAUACCUGCUAGCAGUCUAAGCAGCGUCCAGGGAUAUAGGGUCUUCACCGCAAUUGCUAUGAUGCUUGGUGACGGUCUUUACCAUUGUGUCAUCAUGCUAAUACGAGUUGCCUAUAGUCUUAUCACGGAAUACCUUGAGAAAAAGGAGUCAUUCGAUCAAAACCCUGACAAUGUUGAUCAAAACCCAAGUGGAGAUUUAGAUACUCAACGACGCACCGAGUAUUUCUUGAAAGAUCAGAUUCCCUCUUGGGUUGCUUUCACUGGCUACGUGGUCCUUGCAGUUAUUUCCAUCAUAACCGUGUCACACAUAUUUCCUCAGCUGAAAUGGUAUCAUGUACUAAUCACUUACCUCUUUGCUCCUAUUCUGGCAUUCUGCAAUGCCUAUGGAUGUGGUCUCACUGACUGGUCUUUGGCAUCAAACUAUGGCAAAGUUGCCAUUAUUAUAUUCAGUUCUUGGGUUGGCAUUGAGAAUGGAGGCAUCAUUGCAGGCCUUGCAUCAUGUGGUGUCAUGAUGAGCAUUGUUUCCACUGCUUCUGAUUUGAUGCAAGACUUCAAAACCGGGUACCUUACCCUUUCAUCUCCUAGGUCCAUGUUUGUGAGCCAAGUUUUAGGCACUGCCACAGGAUGUCUUGUGUCCCCUUUGAUGUUUUGGUUCUUCCACAAGGCUUACACACUGGGUGACCCUCAAGGUUCUUACCCUGCACCCUAUGGAGAAGUUUACCGUGGCAUGGCCCUCCUUGGAGCAAAAGGUUUCUCUUCUCUUCCUAAACAUUGUCUUCAACUAGCUAUCGUAUUCUUUUUCUUGGCAGUGUUUAUUAACAUAGUGCGUGAUUUGUUGGUGCGUUAUGAGACCAAGUAUAGGAUAUAUAGGUUUGUUCCUAAUGCCAUGGCUUUGGCCAUCCCAUUCUAUCUUGGUGGGUACUUUGCUAUUGACAUGUGCAUUGGGAGCUUGAUUCUGUUUUUGUGGGAGAAACGUAACAAAUCGAAAGCAAAUGAUUAUGUUCCUGCUUUAGCCUCUGGACUUAUAUGUGGUGAUUCUCUGUGGAGUGUUCCUGCUGCUAUACUGUCUCUUGCUGGAGCAAGUCCACCGAUUUGCAUGAAGUUCUUAUCUAGAGCUGUGAAUAAGAAGGUGGAUACCUUCUUGAGUGGUGGUCCUUGA